CCGCCAUUGCGCUGCCCGCGGCCCCUCAGCGCGGCCCGGCCCGGCCGCUGCGCGCAUGCGCAGCCCCGCCCGCGGGGAAGCGGAAGCGCAGGCUCGGGUGUGCAGCCACUAAGGCCAGAAACUGUACAGAAUUAUAAGUAACGCUUGGGCACAGCACGUUUCUGCAGCAGUAAGACCUGCAAUGACUGCACUGCAUCCGGGUAGUGAACUCCUAUCAUUUAGUUUGAGAACACACGUUAGAGCCUGAAAGGUGAAGAUCUUCACACUCACAGCUAGAUCUCCAUGGAAAGUGAUAGGUAACCUGCCAGCGCUCAAACUGUUUGCAAUCAGAGGUGGAGCUGUCCUGGAAAAGCAAAUGGCUGGAGUGUUAAAGGCACCCAGGCUGCUGUGAGUUUCAGAGGUCAACCAUGGGCAUUAAAGGCUUGCAGGGGUUUGUGACAAGAGUUUGCCCUGAUGCCUGCAGAACGGUAGAUCUGAAAGAGGUGGCGGAAAAGCAUCGCAUUGAUCACCCAGAUAUCCCACCUGUUAUCGUAGUAGAUGCCAUGAGUUGCGUUAGGCACUGGUACACGCCGGAAUCCUGGGUGUGCGGUGGCCAGUGGCGGGAGUACCUGGCCAAUUUAGAGGCUUUUAUUAAAGCUUUUACAGCAGCCGGUAUCACACUGGUGUUUUACUUCGAUGGAGUGGUAGAAGAGAAGAAGAGAGACGAGUGGAUCAAACGGAGGUGGCAGAAUUACAAGGAAAUAGCUGCGCUGUUUCAGUUUGUCAAGACUCACAGGAAGCAACCGGGGAGAGGAAUGUUCGUUCUUCCCUCAGCGUUGCCUACUUUUACACGGUAUGCCCUGAAGUCACUCGGUCAAAAAACAGUGUGCACGUUGAAGGAGGCAGACUUUGAGGUGGCUGCGUACGGUUUGCAGCAUAACUGCAUAGGAAUUCUUGGGCAAGACAGUGACUACCUCAUCUAUAAUACAUCUCCCUAUUUUUCCAUUGAGAAGCUCUGCUUGGACAAGCUGGUCACUGUUAUGUACUGCAGAGAAGCUCUUUGCCGUGCAUUGGGUCUUAGCUUGACACACCUCCCUCUCUUUGCUUGCUUGCUUGGCAAUGAUGUUGUUCCAGAAAGCUUGUUGGAAGGCUUUUGGAGUAAAUGUUUAGCCACCUGUCCGCCCAGGAACAAGAGCUACAACAGAAGAACAAAUGUACUUCUGGCUGUAGCAAACUACAUCUCGAGAGUUCCGUGCUCGUACAGCAGCCUGAAACACUUGGAAGAGAUGUUGCCUUUGGGAUCAGACAAGACAUUACUUCUCAGAGGAAUGGAGUCCUAUCUUUUGCCUGGGCAGCACUCUCCAUGGAUUCCUCCCACUGCAGAACAUCUCAAAACAUUCUCAGCUGUAGAAGAAACAGCCAUGUGUCAAGAUAAGGAAAUCUUUCAGUUAGCUAAGGAACAGCACAUCCAAUCUGAAAAUUAUGUAGUCUUCAAUAUCCUGUGUAAUGGAGUGAUUGAGUGCAGCAACUCUUUGGAAGAUGAUCGUGAUACAGAGAUUCCUGGACAGGCACUCAUCUUCCGCCCUGUUCGUCAGCAUGUUUAUUCUGUCUUGUUGGAACCUGGAAAAGGUGGAGCCUGUCCUUCUGUGAAAGAGUGGUUUGUCUAUUUUGGAAAUCCUCUGCAGCAGCCAGAGGUGAUACAACCUGUCCAGCCUCCUCUUCCAGGUGGAACACCUAAUUUGAAAACACUGUGGUUUGCCAAGGGACCUGAAGUGGAAAAGCAACGGUACAGUACAUUUCUGGCAUGCUUUCAUCUUCAGGAUUUGAUGGAAGAGCUCCAAGCUCUAGAAGCACCUGUUGCAGGAUUCUGCUGCUUGCUGGCCUAUCUAAUGCUGCAGGUCCAUAGCCUAUCUCUGGAAGACUUAAAUGCAUUUGUGGCACUCGUUCUCUGCCUCAGAGGAAAGUCAGCGUCUCAGCUGGAACGUUUGCAGCUCAUGGAAGUGGACUCCAGAGCUGUGCAUCUUGGUGCUGUCUUUAUUCGUGGCCUUACAACGUUGCUUAUGGCCAAUAGUGCCUGUGGCUUUCCAUUCAGAAUGGACGACUUGAUGCCUUGGAAAGUGUUUGAUGGAAAACUUUUUCAAGAAAAAUACCAGCGGUCACACCGAAGUUGCUCUGUAGAAGAGCUUUUGGAAGGCAAUGAGUCUUUGUAUACACCCUUCCAGAACCUGAAGUCACUCAUUUGCAAGGCUUGCAUGGCGAAGAAAAGGACAAUACAAAGCAGACCAAGAGGGAGGGGAUUUGUCGCAGGAGCACAGCAAAGAGAAUUUAAUCCCAGGUUCCAACAAGCACACAGAAGUUCUUUUGUUCCUCCAUAUCAUAAUCAGAUGAGGGGGUUCCUCUGGAGAAGUCCUCAACCACAAGGUAGAGAACAUAGAAUGGGAUAUCCAGACCGGAGGAGAAGAUUCCACCUUCCUCCUCGGUCGCCCAGAUGACCCUACUUAUUACUGGAAGUGAAUGCAAAUGGAUAAGAGAACAAGAUACAUUGUUAUGAAAGUCUGUAUGCUGAAGAUCCCAAAAACUUUAAGUAGUGGUGGUGGGAAGGCUCUAAUCAGAAUUUUAUCAUGCAUCAUUUUCAGUUAGGUUUUACUUUGUAUACAUUGGUUUUCUAGACUAUUGCUUACUGAAGUAAAUUAUGGAAUGUAACAAAACAAUUCUUAUGUAUUUUAGGCUUCAUACAGUAAGUAUUGUUUGGAGCACUUCAUAAAAUUGUUAUUGACAGAGUUAUACAAUGAUUAAAAAAUUUGUAAUUAAAAAAUCAUGCCUAAAAAGCAGAAGCCAAUCCUAGGGGUUAAAAGGCUGCACAAAUUUAAUUAAUUCACCUAGUUCUAUUGGAAAAACUGUUAUGCCUCUUCUGUGAAACCUUUAUGCUAUAUGAGGAUGAAAUUGCCCGGUCUUGGGGGGGGGGAAGUCAUACUGGCUUACUUUCAUAGGUCCUCAGUCUCAGAAAAAGAGAAAAGGGCAAAAGCACUGCUGAAACACUCUAGAUUAGUUUUAAAAUCAGUUUAUAUGUAUAAAACUGCUGCAGCUGUCCGGUUCUUUUGGGGCCUUUCAGAGCUGAGUCAAAUACAUAGUCCUCUUUUAGAAUACCUAGAAUUCUCCUCCGUAUGCAAUGAGUAAUUUUUGAAACAUUUAAGGUUUAUGUCAGUCCUUAAACCUAUCUUUAGAUAGCCUCAAAAUAAAAGUGGAAGUGUGAGCCUCUGGCCAGUGUAAUUUUGGCAGAAAUUCUAAAUUAAGAGAAAGCUAACAGACAAGUUGAAUGCACUCAUGUUUUUGUAAGUGACAGCUACUUGAAGCACAUGUGUAAUAUUUUCUCUGUUGACAACUUUUCUUUGUUGACAACAAUCUUUUUUACAGAUGUUUGUGGAGCAAUGAUUUCACUCUAUACUAGAUAGUCCUGAGAGAUACAAGUAAAUGGACAGACAGAGUACAGGUAGGGCAAUCAGGUAUCUCCUGUUAAUUUUCACUAGUCUUACACAUCACACAGACUUUCUUAAUACUUCUGAGAUGUGUGAUUUUUAGAAUAGUACAUAAUUAUGCUCAAAUGUCUUCAGAAGUGUUUAGCAUGUGGAAAACAUGCUAUUUUUAUAUUCCAAAGAGAAAACUUAGCUCUCAUUUUGAAAUCUAUUUUCAUAAGCAGUACUAUAGCUAUUCACAACUUAGAUUUAUCCUUAUGGUAUAAUGAUAACUAAUAUAAACUCUGCUGGUUUUAGUCCAUUAUUGCUCAGUUGAUGUGUUUCUUAGGCCUUGUGCAGGUAAUUCCUUUGAGCCAACUGUCAGUGGAAUUUAGUUCCAAUUUAGUAUACGUGUUGUGUUAAAGUGAAUAGUAUUGUCAGAUGUAUAUAACUUGAUACUAUUAUUUCCUUGUAUUAUUUCCUUUCUCUGUUUGUAACGCAGUAAAUGUAUUCUUUCAUACCCUGCAUGUAGCAACAGUCUAUCUAAACAAAUAAAUUGGCAGCAACACAGAAUUUCUAACUCAAUGAAAAAUGUGAGCAGAUGCUAUUUUUACACGAUGCAGUGUCUGAUAUACAUUGUAGGGAUCUGGUUGUGAUAGGGAUAUUCCCGCUUCCUUUUCCUCUUGAUUUGUAACUGACUGUAAUUGUACUGCCUUUUUUCCCAUUUUUUUCCUUCUUUUUUCUUUCCACAAAACCUUUUGAAUGAUGUGGUCUGAAUUUUAUAGAAGUUCUUUAUUUUCAGGAAUCUCGUUUUGUUUAAUGGUGUAUUUGAAAAGAAUGUGACCAUGUGCCAGAAUUUGCUAGUAAUUCCUCCUUUAGGUUCUGAUAUGGGGAAAGAUUUCUGUUGGCCUCAAUAAAUAAAAUUAAAUACAGCUAGAGUGGGA